AUGAGCACUCAGGAAUUACUUCUGGACCCUAGUCUUCGAUACUGGGUUCUCUUGCCCAUUUCAUUUGUGAUGGUGCUUGUGGGAAUACUGCGUACAUACAUUACAGUAUUGCUUCAGCCCUCGCCAAAGAUUGCAGAAUGGGGAAAUUUGAAGGAACAGUAA